AUGGCGACGACCAGCGCGGACCUCCUCGCCGAGCUGCAAGGCCACUUGGAGCGCGACGCGUACCAGAAGGCCAUCGACGUCUGCAACAAGAUCGUGGCGGCGACGCCCAACGAGGCGGCGGCGUACAAGGCCAAGACGAUUGCGCUCAUCCGCUUGAACAAGCUGGACAAGGCGCUCGAGGUGGCGCAGCGCUUCGACUACCUCAAGAUGGAAGCGGCCUACUGCCACUACAAGCUCAAGCGCGAGACCAAGGCGCUCGAGAUCCUUGCGACGCUGCCCGAGAAGACGCCGGCGGCCUUGCACUUGCAAGCGCAGGCGCACUACCGCCUCAACCAGUUUGACGCGGUCAUCUCGAUCUACGAGGCGCUGCUCGCGCAAGCGUCGCCGUCCGACGACACGGUCGAGCUCAAGACCAACUUGAUCGCGGCCUACACGGCGGCCGGUCGCGGCGCCGAGCUUGCAGGUCGCCACAACUUGACGACCGACGACAGCUACGAGAUUGCGUUCAACAAGUCGUUCGUGGCGCUGCAGAGCGGCGACGUGUCGACAGCGGCUGCCCACGUCGCCGACGCCGACCGUCUGUGCCGAUCGACGCUCGCCAACGACGGGUACUCGCCGGCCGAGAUUGAGCAGGAGGCGCUCGUCAUCGCCGUCCAGCGUGCCUACGUGCUCCAGCUCCAGGGGCGCGACGACGACGCGCUCGCCGGCUACACCCACGUGGUCCAGGCCAAGCCGUCGGACGCGAGUCUUGUCGCUGUCGCCAGCAACAACAUGGCGACGCUGCAAAAGCACCACGACCUCUUCGACUCGAUCAAGCGGCUCAAGGCCAUCUCGAGCGAGACGCUCUCGGCCAAGUGCUCGCCCGCGCAGCACGAAGCGAUCCUCGCCAACCUCGCGCUGCUCUGGUCCUGGAUGAAGAAGCCGGACGAGACGCGCGAUGUGCUUGCCGCGCUCAAGACGGCGUUCCCGGCCACGGCCCUCGCCGCGCCCAUCCAGCUCCACGCGGUGCUUGGCUCGAGCGACGCGGCGCCGUCGGCCGAUGCGCUCGCCCGCGCCCGUGCGACGUUCGAGGCCGACGCGACGAUCAACGGCCGGCUCUGCCUCGCACACGUGCUCGUUCUCCAGAAGGAGUUUGGUGCCGCCGCCGACACGCUGCGCUCGAUCACCGAGGUCGCCCACAGCGCCGGCACGGUGGCGACGCUCGUCGCGCUCUACGACCGUGCAAGCAACGCUGGCGCGAGUCAGAGCGUGCUCCAGGACGCGCUCGCGUUCCACGCAGCCCGCGAUGCCACGUCAGUGGAAGCGCGUGCGAUCGAGGAAGGCGACGGCGAGUACCAGCUGGCCCAGGGCAACCACGCGGCAGCGGCCGCGCGCUUCGAGAGCCUCCUCUCGACCGGCGCCCUCACGCCCGAGAUGCGUCUCCGCUGCCUGGCCAAGCUCGUCAAGGCGGCGCCUGUCGAGGCCAAGGGCCGCGUCGUCACGGGCCCGUCCGCGAUGGAGCGCAAGGCCGCCGCCCGCAAGCGCCGCUAG